AUGUGCUUUGCUUUGAAUUUAGGGUCCCGGGCAGGACUCGAGUAUUCCCAGCCGUUCCCUGGAGGUGAGUUUGCUGCUUGUGAGCCAUGCAGGCUGGGGCGGGGCAAGUGCAGGAAGAUGUGCACUGAGGAUGAGAAGGUGGUCGGAAGUUGCAAGCUGAACUUCUUCUGCUGCCGACGGAGGAUCCAGUAA